AUGUUGUGCACGGUUACAUUAUACAGCUCCUACGGCUGCCACAGCUCCUACGGCUGCCACAGCUGCAACAGCUGCCACAGCUCCUACGGCUGCCACAGCUCCUACGGCUGCCACAGCUGCAACAGCUGCCACAGCUCCUACAGCUGCCACAGCUCCUACGGCUGCCACAGCUGCCACAGCUCCUACGGCUGCCACAGCUCCUACGGCUGCCACAGCUCCUACUGCUGCCACAGCUCCUACGGCUGCCACAGCUCCUACGGCUGCCACAGCUCCUACGGCUGCCACAGCUCCUACGGCUGCCACAGCUCCUACGGCUGCCUUGAAACUGGGAAUACAAGCUGGUGGAGGGGGAAGGAUUAG